AUGAGCAAUAACGAGCUAGAAGGUGUAGCAUCUGAACUUGAGGCGCUCAGACUCGAAAAUGCGCGUUUGCGGGAGCAGCUGGCCAGUAGAAAAGACAAUAAGCAGGAUUACCCAUUAUCUCUGGAGGAAUACCAACGCUACGGGAGGCAAAUGAUUGUCGAGGAAACAGGCGGCGUAGUGGGUCAAGUAAAACUGAAAAACACCAAGGUUUUAGUAGUUGGUGCUGGGGGUCUGGGGUCUCCCGCCUUGCCAUACCUAGCAGGCUCUGGUGUGGGUCAGAUCGGUAUAGUAGAUAACGAUGUAGUGGAAACUUCCAAUUUGCACAGGCAAGUGCUUCAUGAUUCUAGCAGGGUCGGCAUGUUGAAAUGCGAGUCCGCCAGACAAUCCAUUACAAAACUGAACCCACAUGUCAGCAUUGUCACGUAUCCCGUUAGAUUGAAUUCAACCAAUGCAUUUGCGAUUUUCGAAGGAUAUGAUUAUGUAUUGGACUGCACUGAUUCUCCAUUAACCAGAUAUUUGGUUUCUGAUGUAGCUGUAAACCUGGGAAUAACAGUGAUCUCGGCAUCCGGGCUAGGAACAGAGGGCCAGCUAACUAUAUUGAACUUUAAUGGCGUGGGGCCAUGUUAUAGAUGCUUUUAUCCGACACCUCCACCCCCAAACGCAGUGACUUCCUGUCAGGAGGGUGGUGUAAUAGGCCCAUGCAUUGGAGUAGUUGGAACGAUGAUGGCCGUGGAGACUCUGAAACUUAUCCUAGGAGUCUAUACCAAUGAGAACUUCAAACCUUUCUUGGUGCUAUAUUCCGGCUUCCCACAACAAAGCCUGCGUACUUUUAAAAUGAGAGGUAGAAAAGAGAGUUGCCUCUGCUGCGGUAAGAACCGAACAAUAACGAAAGAGGCCAUCGAAAUGGGCGAGAUAAACUACGAAUUGUUCUGCGGUUCACGGAACUAUAACGUAUGCGAGCCUGAUGAAAGACUGAGUGUGGAUGCAUUUCAGAAUUUAUACAAGGGUGAAGAUUUUUCAGCCAAGCACAUCUUCCUUGACGUCAGACCAUCCCACCACUAUGACAUAUCUCACUUUCCCGAGACGGUCAACAUCCCCAUCAAAAGGUUAAGAGAUAUGAACGGUGAUCUCAAGAAGCUACAAGAAAAGCUCCCAACUGUAGGAAAGGACAGUAGUAUAGUGGUUCUUUGCCGUUAUGGUAACGACUCUCAGGUAGCUACAAGAUUGCUGAAGGAUGAAUUUGGGUUCGUUAACGUAAGGGACGUAAGGGGAGGUUAUUUCAAAUACAUUGAUGAUAUUGACCGCACCAUUCCUAAAUACUAA